UGAGGUAAGCUUCAUUUAGCAGGCAUCACACCGAGUUUAAUCGUAUUCUCAUCCACUCGACACUCGAACGCGCUUGAGUACCGACCGUUGCCCAUUCAGAAUGAGGUUCGCUAUCGUGGCCGUAGUACUUCUUUUCGGAUCCGUGAACUGUGGCAUCAUCGCCAGCCAUGGAGGCUCUGGCGGAGGUGGUCAUGGUGGCGGACACGGCGGAAGUGGAUACAGCGGAAGUGGAUUGCGAACAAUCGCUCAGGGUUCGGCGCAGCAAGCGCAUUCAGCCGUCGCCUCACAACACGCAGCAGCCCGUCAAGCAUCAUAUGUAGCCAAGAGUACCCUUGCCCAACAAGCCGUCCAAGCUGCUGCAACAGCUCAGGCUGCUUUGGCUGGCAAAAGUGUCCUUUUGCAAAACUUAGAAGAACAACGUGAAGAAGCCCACUCAGCCCUGGAAGCAGAAAUCGCACAAUUGCAUUUGGCCCAGGAAUCAGCUUCGGCCGCGAAAACUGCAGCUCAACAAGCUGCAAGCCAUGUCUCGGUUUUGACCAGUGCCCUCAACAGUGCUCAAUCCCUAGCCGAACAUGCUGAGGGUGCUGCUAGCCACGCUGCUGCUGAACUUGCUUCGCAAACUUCUAUGGUUGGAAAGGCUAAGGCUCGCCUCCAGGCUAUCGAACAUCAAUUGUCAGUUGUCCGUGUCGACUUUGCCGCAACUCAGGAAGCAGCUGAGAAGGCUUCAUCUGCUGCCCAUGAAGCUCAGAGCAACGCCGCUGCUGCUGGAGCUCAUGCUACCGCGGAAUUGCACGAAUCAGCCGCUGCACAAAGUGUUGGACAUGAUGACGGCUCAUCUUAUGGUGCUGAAAUCGAGGUUGGAGGUGGUGGCCACGAAUUCCACCAUUAAUAGAAAUCAUAUUGCGAUAGCGAAAAGAAGCUAAGAGUGUUGUGAUAUUUUCCUUUGUUAACUUUCCAUUGACUUCUAAGUAAAUUGUUUUUAUGAUCUUUUAA